AUGUUUACGUUGGCGCCAGACAUUCGCGCUUUGCAGGCAGCUUGCAGUGCCUUCGUUGACGCGUGUAAAUGCCCUCUGUGUGGCCUACCGUGGCGGAAGGCCUCCACCUUCCCUUGCGGACACACGUUUUGCUAUGAAUGUGCCAUCGCAACGCUCGAGGGCCCCGGCAUCAGCCAGUCCGAGUGCCCAAAAUGCAAGGCCAAGUACUGGAAGCGGGAUUUGAAGCCCAACCCUCAGAUGAUGGCUGUUGUGGAGCAUACGCAGAAGAUUCUGGGCAUAGGAGCGCUGCACGCGGCGGCGGGAGCUGCCGGCAACCGCAGCAGUGGAGCGGCCCCCGAAAGUGAUGCAGGCUGUGAAAGCCCGUUCAGAGGCUGCAACAGCGCUAUUGGCCUCAGCCUUUUAGCCCAAGCACGGGCCUGCACUAAUGCGGCUGGCUCGGCAACCGAUGCCGUGAAGACACAGGAUCAUGGGCUUGAACAAGGCGGAGCCGGCGCAACUUCACCGGGACUGCACAGCACGCAGGCGGCGGCGGCGGACCGGCACAGGGCUGUGGCACUGUUGCCGGCCAUGGCUGGUGAAGCAGCACUGCAGCCACUGCAUGCGGGAUCUGCUACUAAGGCUACUCCGCAUCCUUGCAAUCCUGUUGAUCAAGGCAGUGAAGGCCAGAGUGCCGGCACGGUUCCCAUGCUGCAGCGGGCUGAUGCACUGCCCACGUGCGCUGAGGCAGCCCCUCCUGGGCCCGCGCCGGGGUCGCCCUGGGUCGAUCCAGGGGCGCGGCCGUUGGCGGCGCAGGAUGCUUCCCGAUACGACAGGCUGGGGCCUGCUGGCCCUGGACACGACCUGGCGUAUGGGGAGUUUGUCACACCCAACACGGCGGAGGUUCACGGGGCCACCGGCGGUCUGCCUGAUACACCGCCAGUGCUGCGACCAGUAAGCUUGGCGACAGGCCAUCAUGUGCUGCCAGCCGCCGCUAUGCAUGAACUCCCGCACACGAGCCAUGGCCCCCUGGUGGGAGCGGGUGGCGGGUGGUGGGAGUGGGUGCCAAGCCGGCAUAGCGCGGAAGGUGCGCUCCAGGUGCCGCCGCUGCUGCCGUCAGUUGUAGCCACGACGCCGCUUGCGCACGGCGAAAAGCAGGGGCCUGUUGGGCAGGAGUGCCGCCCGAACCGUUCCUUAGGAGUCAUUGCCUCUUCGGUCGCCGUGGCGACGCCGCUUGAGCAGCUGGUACCGCAACCGCGAUCACAAGCUCCAGCGGCCUGGGCGUCUACGACGCUGUUGAAUGGGGGCCCCACAGCCGUCACGGCCUCGGGUACAGGUACGGGCGGCGCCCCUCCUCUCCGCAGCUCCGUUGUGAGCAUCCGACGUGGCACCCCCAGUGUUAAUAACGCCUAUCUGGGCUUCCAUGCGCUGCUGGAGCACCCUUUGGGCUGGAUCAGCAGGUCGCAGCCCGCAGGCCAGCUCUUGGAGGUUGCCCAUGCCGGUCGGGCGCGUGCCGGCCCUCGCUGGGGCGACGACGAGAUUGGGGAAUUUGACGAAGCUGAGUGGUGGCUUCGCCGUCUUGGUGAGCUAGCUGGACCCACUGAUCAGGAGCGCGAGGCGCUGGAGUUUGAGCUUAGUAUCGUCAGUACAUUUCUUGGGGAGCUGGGGGAGAUGAUGGCGAAGCAGCUGCAUCCUGGCUGCUGCGGCGACGUGGUGGCAGCAGACGGCCGCUCUGCCAGAGCAACAAGCGGAGAAGUGCCAAGAGGAGAUGCCUGCUUGCCGAGCCUCUCGGCCGGAGUGGGUCUGCCAAGCGAGCAGGGCUGUGAAGCGCGUCAUGGCACACUGCCGGGCGCUGAUCUUUGCCAAGGGGACGCGACUUGCCCAGUCCAACAAGUUGGCGACAGUGGCAUUUGCCCGCCUCGGCACACAGGCGAUAAAGCCGCAGAAAACGAGGCACCGGCUGCAUUCGACGGUUUCAAGGCAGACCGGCUUGCAGCCCCUGUCGCACGUCAGCACCCGCCGAAGCCGCAUCGGGAGCUUCCAUCCCAACAGCGCAUGGAUGGCGAUGCAGGGUAUCCGGCGUUGACCAGCGGCGCAAUUCAAACUUCUUGUUCCAGGGGAGUUGACAAGGAAGACAGAGCCGCUGCAGCAUGCAAGAUACCGACGUCAGAGGGCAUAGCCGCGGCCACAGGGCCUCGUGGUGAUGGCGCCGACGAAAGGAGUUUUACGCACAGAGGCCGCAAUAAGAGCAGCGUCCAGAAGCAAGUCGCAUGCGACGGUGGCACAGGAAGCGGCCGUACAAGCUGUACUAAUGCGAUUGGGUGCGAUGGCACAGGCGCAGCGGCCGCGUGUGCAGGAUUGGUAGUGCUACCGGCAGCGUGCGAGACGGGGCCGGCAUUGCGCUGUGCACACGGAGGCAUGGCGCCGACCUGCACGAAUGACGCCGACGCCGAUGAUGUAGAGGCGAGUAGGCGUGGAGCGUGCUGCAAGAGGGCCCGUACUGAGGCCGUCAGCCCAAGGUUGGCUGCGCCGCCAACGUCGACGCCGCCGACGCCGACACGCAUACCGGAAUGCGGCAUUUGCCCUGCUGGCCUGGCUUCUGGCCAUAAGCAUGAAGGGGAGGCAGUUGUGUUGUAUCCCGGCUGCGGCGAUGGUGAAGUGACGGAGCGCCCGGACGGAAGCAUCGCUAGGCCAGGGCAUUCAAAUGGCGCCAGCGCUGUCCAGUUGCAGGCGCCGCCUGCUGCGGUGUUGCUCCGACCGCCGUCACCCACGCCUUGCCCCCAUCAGCUGCCCGAAUGUGGGGUGGACGGGGCCGCACCUGUGGCAGGGCCCAGCGAGCCCAAGAUACCGCAGCAGCCACAGCCGCAGCCGCACGUCAAGAACGCACCGGCCAGUCAGAGGCUAGCACGCCGGCCAAAGCCGCGUGAGCGCGGUUCCGCGGCAGCAGCCAUGGCGUCACCAGAGCCAGCGCUGAUGCACGAGCUCUCAGCUCCGGGACCCUCAGCACGCCGCCCCAAGCUGCUAUACGUGCUGCCAAGCGGUCUUGGCCCAGAGGAGAGGGCGAAGGUGAAGGAGCUGACGAGGAACGUGCGAGGACUCGAGCUGCUGAGCGAAGUUCAGCCACAUCUGACGCAUUUGGUGGUCCAGCUCAAUGCGGAGCGCCGAGCUGUGGGCCGCACCAUAAAGUACCUUCGAGCAGUCAUUCAGGGCUGCUGGGUGGUGGGCAUGGACUGGGUGUGUGAAUGCCUGGCUGCCGGAAGGCUGCUGCCCGAGGGACCCUUUGAAGCAACGGGUGAUGCAACGCACGCCGGGACGCCGACCACUACACGGCUGCGACUGGAGCGUGGCGACCCGCCGCUCUUCAGCGGCCUCAAGUUCUGCGUCACGUUCCUUAAGGGCAGCUUUGACCGGGGGAUUACCAAGCCUGAGCUGGAAGCGUUGCUACUAGCUGCUGGUGGCACUCUGGUCCGCCGCCCGGUUCACCGUGGCGGCGGAGGCGGAGCUGCUGCCACUGCUGCCGCUACACGGGUGACUGCAGCGGCAGCGCUCUUCGGCGCCGCUGCUGCCGCAGACCUGUACGACGCCGGCCCAAGCACGAAGCAACCAUUUGACGGUGAGACGGACGGUGGCGGCGGGUCGACGCCGCCGCUGCCGGGGUUCCCGCAGGUGCUGGUGCUGGUCACUCCGCAGUCAAGUGUGGACGUGUCGCGGGUCCUUCGCGAGUGGGGCUGCGCGCCAAUCCAGACCCAGUGGGUCUACGACUGUAUCUCGCAUUACAAGCUGCUACCGUUGGAGGGCUUCACUGUUGGCCUUCCACCGCACGGCAGCACGACGUAUGUGUCCUAG